AUGGAAUGCCUUCUAUCAUUUAUUAGUAAUGAUUUAAGGGCCAGGAAAGAGAAUCUCAGUAGCAAACCACGCGAAGCUGUCCCUUUUGCUGACAUCGCGACACUUUUCAGCCCAGGAGAUACAGUCAUUUCUAAAGACUACAAGCAGGCCUAUCUAGUUGUCAAUGUCAACUGUGCUCGCCAUCGGGUCAAAGAUCAGAAGAAGAGUAGAAUAAAAGUUCCGAAGGACAUAGGCAAAGUUCAAUUCGAAAAUAAUCCCGUACGCCUUGACUGUGCUUACAUCGAUUUCGACGGGAGACGACUGGGUCCCACGCCCUGCGUUUUUCAAUUUUCGAGAUACGAAGGGUUAUCGAAGGUAACAUCUUUACCAGUCUUUCCAUUUAAAUACGCCAGGCAAGAUAAACUCCGUGAAAGACUUAUCGAGAGGGGGAAAGCAUUCCUCAAAGUUGCUGGAAUACGGCAUAUGCAUUAUAAAGGGUUGACCUUGAAAACGCGUGACGAGGUUGAUAGUCAGGUUGUGAUUGAUUUUGCCGAGGCUAUCAACCGUAAUCCCGACUGGAAACCCAGCGUUCAGUCGCUAGUUAAGGAAACAAUAUCAAAGAGGUCCAAGGCGAAUGACCCAUCACAGGAGUGGAAGUGGAAUGACGACUCUUCAUCAUCAUCAUCAUCACCACCACCAUCACCAAUAAUGCAACCAAGAUAUACUGUGGACGUUAGGGCCAAUAUUCAAUCUACGAAGCCGAAAUGGUGUGUCGAUGAAUGCUGCGAAACUGAGUCUACGCACUUCGACGAACAUAUUGAGGGUUGGAUAAAAGAGGAUUAUUUUGCUUCACAAAUAAAUGUGUCAUCGUCCACGCCACCUCCGAUAUUCAUCAUACCUCGAGAUCUUCGCGAAAUUGAAGAGCACAAUAAUUUAACGGACGACGAGUACUUGAUUAUGUCUUUUCGGGUUUUUGGAUUCGUACUUCGAAGUCGGAAAUGGCACGAGCUUGACAUGACAAACGUCUUCGAAGUUGAGUCGCUUGGAGUUGGUGAAGGGUUCGACGAGCUCGUGCUCCCUUCUGGGCACGGCGAUGUGGUAAAAUCAAUGAUAAGGCAGCACUUGCGCGAAAGGAAACUGUCAGGGAUGAACAGAGAUAGGACGGACGUCGUUCGAGGGAAAGGAAGAGGAUUGAUAUUGUUGUUGCACGGAGUACCCGGCGUAGGCAAAACAUCAACUGCAGAGUGUGUGGCGGACCUAUUCCGAAGGCCAUUAUUCCAGAUCACUAGCGGGGAUCUAGGCACAACGGCCAAAGAGGUUGAAGACUCGCUAGAGGAGAACUUCUCCCUAGCAAGUCGAUGGAACUCAAUUCUACUCAUUGAUGAGGCUGAUGUCUUUCUAGCCGAAAGAACGAAAGAGGAUUUCGUAAGAAACAGUCUCGUAGCAGUGUUUCUUCGUAUGAUGGAAUAUUACGCUGGAGUUUUGUUCCUAACAACCAAUCGAGUUGGUGUCUUCGACGAGGCCUUUACAUCACGUAUUCACAUCAGUCUCUAUUAUCCUCCACUAGACGAGAAAUCAACACUACAGAUUUUCGAGAAAAACUGGGACAGGAUCAAUGCACAAUAUAAGAAAGCAGGGAGAACAAUUAAUAUCAAUAUCUCAGAGAUCACCCACUUUGCGAUAGAGUACUACAAUAACAACAAGGAAGGGCGCUGGAACGGUCGGCAAAUCCGCAACGCAUUUCAAUCCGCUCUCGCACUAGCGGAACUAGAUGCCUGGGGAACAGAUGACUCUUUGGACGACAUCAAUAAUAAUUGCCCUGUUGUGUUGGGCAGAAAGAGCUUCGACACUGUCGCCGAAUCUUAUAAGGGUUUCACCAGCUACCUGAAGCAGGUCUAUGGCGCCGACUUUGCCCGCCGAGCCCGCGAGAACUUGUGGCGCUUCGACGCUUUUGGCGCCCCCAGGAUGCCAAAUAAUCUUAACACGCGACUCAAGAUCUCCGAGCCGACGGUACCACCCACAGUACCACCCACAGUGCCACCCAUACCUGGGCAGUGGCCUGGACAAACUUAUGCCGGAUACGACCCUAGACUUGCACAGGCAUAUUUUACAGCCCCGCCGCCGCCACAGCACUAUCCAGAGCACUACGUGCAUCACGGUCAGGCUCCGAGAUACUCCGCAGUCCCAACCCCGAGCCAGCCCCAAGGCCGUGACCCUAGAGAAAGCUGGGACUCCCGGCCAGGGGCAGAAGGGCACCCUCGGUAAGGAGCAAGCAAUUGAAUAGGUAGCGUAAAACAGCGGCUUGCUGUUUUCAAGCGAUUGAUAUUCCUUCGAUGCAGAAUAGACACACUCCGAUUACCUUAACUACUAAGAUCGUGAUGUAAGCGUAUUGUGUUUCUCGCAGAACAACCUAAUAAGACCUCAUAA